CGAGGAGAAUUGAGCGAGGUGGGUGCCCCGUGCGUCUCGAAGGCAGCCAGUUUGAAGGUCUUUUCGGAGCGACCCAAGAGCUCUUAAAGCAUCGCAGAUCGCAGUUGGGAGGCGACCGUGCUGCACACGACGAUCACGACAACAAACAACAACCACAGGAUGCGAGGUCGACUGUGCGUUUUGCUGGUGUUUCUGGCGGUGGAAGUGGUGCUUUGCCAGCAAAAACCACCAGUCGACGGAAAGAAACUGGACGACCUGAUCAAGCAAGUGUUCACGCCGGCGCCGACUGACGCGAGGAACAAUGACCAGUUCAGAGCCACCACGGUGGUAGGCCAGCAGCCUCUGUCCUGCACCUGCGUGCCCUACUACCUCUGCCAAAAUGGCACCAUCAAGACUGACGGCGAAGGAGUCAUUGACAUCAGGAUAAAGGAGCCGACCUGCGAGAGCUACCUGGACGUGUGCUGUCAGGCGGAGCCACUCGAUACGCCGAUUCCACCACCACCGCAGCCGGCGCGCGUGGGCUGCGGCCGACGCAACCCUGACGGCGUCGGCUUCCGCAUCACCGGAGACCUGGACGGCGAGAGCCAGUUCGGCGAGUUCCCUUGGAUGGUGGCCGUGCUAAAGGACGAGUUUGUCAAGCAGAACGAGCCACCUGUCAAACUGUACCAGUGCGGGGGCGCCCUCAUCCACCCCCAGGUCGUCAUGACCGCCGCACAUUGCGUUGCUGGAAAGGAUGUUGCAAGCCUGAAAAUCAGGGCUGGUGAGUGGGACACGCAGACGAAGAACGAGUUGUUCCCGCACCAGGACCGCAACGUGAUCGAUUUGCUGAUCCACCCUGAAUACUACGCGGGUGCCCUCUACAACGACGUCGCCCUGCUCAAGCUGGACGCGCCUGUCGACCAGGCGGACAACGUGGACGUCGUCUGUCUGCCUGAACAAGGACAGAUCUUCGACCUCAAACGCUGCUUUGCCAGCGGAUGGGGAAAGAACGUCUUUGGAAAAGAAGGACAGUACCAGGUGAUCCUGAAGAAGGUGGAGCUGCCGGUGGUGCCGAGGCAGCAGUGUCUGCAAGCCCUGCGCCAGACGAGGCUUGGACAACACUUUCGGCUGCAUAAUAGCUUCUUGUGCGCCGGCGGAGAGCCAGGAAAAGACACUUGCAAGGGCGAUGGUGGCAGUCCUCUAGUGUGUCCGUUGCCAAACCGUCCCGGACACUACGCGCAAGCCGGAAUUGUUGCCUGGGGUAUUGGGUGCGGCGAGAACGGAACCCCCGGCGUGUACGCGAAUGUGGCCGUCUUCCGGCAAUGGAUCGACCAGCAGAUGCGAAACAUGAACCUCGACCCGGGCGUUUACCACUUCUAAUGAGACAAAAACUGCAUUCAUACGCGCGCGUGAUAUCAUUAUCAUUUAUAUUGUGUAACCUUAAUAAAACUGGAUUUUUAUUACG